ACGUGUGUGAUAACCAGCCUAAAUGCACUUAAUCACACUCUCUCUCUCUCUGUGUCUUUGAUUGCAGACCAGCACAGACCAGUGAUUAGGCCUGCCAUGCAAUCUCACCGAUACUGUAGGGUACAGUAGCCUUACGCAUGUCUGGUGGGCAGAGAAUGAGGAUGAGUUUUUAUUUAGUUUUUAUCUGAUAAAGCCCUCAAACUCAACUCUGGACCUCGAAGCUAGUUCCACUGCAUUUUUCUAAUCAGGGACCGAUUAAGACCCGGGACACCCGCUGUGUGCAAUUAAUUAUCAGGUAGAAGAGAAAACCAACAGGCUCCGGACCUCGUAGAUGAAGUGUUGAGUACCCCUGUGAUAAAGCAUGCAUAUUUUUUGUCAGAAGCAAUAUUGUUGUUUAUUAUAAUGCCUAUGUGUCUUAGAAUCUCCAACACUGUAUGUCAAAAGACUGUCAAAGACACACGCGCAUACCCAAACAACAACGUCAUUAGGUUUAUCUGUGUCUGUACUUUUCCCUGAUAAACUUAUUCAAAAUAGUGAUAGUAUACCAACUCUUCAUCAGGUUAGUGUUACAGCAUUCUAAUGGUAUAUCUUUUAGAACAAAACUCUUCAUCAGGUUAAUCUGUAUUUGAACAAUUAGUGACAUGGGAAGGGCAUGUACUGUAAGUCUAACCAGGGCCACCUCUCAAAAGAGACAUAGAGCAAAGUGUAUAUUAUAAAUGUGAUGGCAUACGGACAGUGGUGUGUGUGUGUGUGUGUGUGUGUGUGUGUGUGUGUGUGUGCAGUGUCAAAGCAAAGUGAGAGGGGAGGAAGUGGAUAGGGCAGAGAGAAGGCACACUGACCAUGAGGAGCAGGGGUGUUUAUUUUGACUGGAGUACAUCUCGUUCAGCAGCAUUGGUUGAAGGAGGAUUAGGAAAAGUAUCAAGGGUUGGGUGCACUUUGACAGCCGCAACACCACAACUUGACUGGUGGGUCUGGUGACAGAGUGGGUCGAAUGGAAGGACUGUGUUCUUAACGUCACUGUAUUAGCCUUUGCAGUCAACAUGGCAGAAUGGAACUGGUGCCCAUUGAUUUGUAUCUAACAGACCAGGGUUCAAGUACUAUUUCAAAUAUCGCAAUUACUUUCACAUACAUUCAAAGUAAGUAUUCAGAUCUAUUUUAUUUGAAUAGGCAAGUAGUUGAAUGUUUCAAUGUAUUUGGAAAUACACUUGGAGAGUAUUUGAAAAUAGUCAAAUACACUGACUCAAAUACACUCCCAUGCAUAUUACCCAGGUAUUUGAAAUAAGUAUUAGAAAAUAAUCUCAAAUACAUUUUGGUAGACGAUUUGGUUUUUACAAAUAACCAUUCACUCAAAUAAAAGUUAUUGUUUUGGGCUGUGUAUUUGAACAUAAUCAAAUACACAAAGAAAAGUAUUUGACAUAACAGAUACUCAAAUACACAUGUAUUUGAACCCAGGUCUGGCAUCUAAUGCUGAUCACUAUGGAUGCCUACCUGCUGUUCCCGUGCCUGAUGAUGCUACUGGCUAUGUGUAUGGAUUAUCACUGUGCAGAUGCAAAUGAAGACCAGGGCAAUCAACUGCGAGGCCUCUGGAGGUUGUCAAUGAAAGACCCAAAGCAGAAAGGUGUGCCACCUCCUCAUCCAAUCAGAGGAUUGGUUAAACAACAGCUGCUGUACUGCCGUGUUGGGAUAGGAUACCAUCUCCAGGUCCUGUCCAAUGGAACUGUAGGAGGAGUGCAUGAACCAACUGAACAUAGCUUGCUGAAGGUGUUUGCCAUGAAGCGUGGUGUUGUGGGCAUCAGAGGCAUCAAGACUGGCUUGUAUAUCUGUAUGAGCCAAGAGGGCAUCGCACACGGAGCAGUACAGUUCUCAUCUGACUGUCUGUUCAAGGAGAGCCUGGAGGAGAACCACUACACCACCUUUUCCUCCCUGUCUCAUCCAGGCAUCUACUUGGCCCUGUCUCAUAAAGGAGAGGCCAAGAGGGGGACCAGCGUUGGGAGACUCCAGCCCUGCACACACUUCCUCCCUCGCAGAGCUCCAUAAGUAACCCCUGUGCAACCCUUUUACAACCUUUCUACAACCAAUGACCCCAACCCAGGGGUCACAAAUGUAACUGUGAGGAGAAUCCUGUAAAUCCCUACAACAUUGAAAUAACCCAAACUGUUGGGCAUUUCACGCUUUUACCCAGUGUGACUGAUAUACUUGAAAUUACAUUGGAAACAGUGUAGCAACUGAAGAAAAGCAAAUUGACAUAUAAUGGUAGACUAACUCUAAGGGUCAACGCACACACGGUCCUUGUGAUGCUCUGUUAGCAUAAUUGGAUGUAACUGGACUGGACUGGAUUUCGAACAUCUGUUCGAAAUAUGAAGAUAUUUAUGGAAAAAAAAUAUUAGUUUUUUAAAUCUACAGUUUCAGUCAGAUUGAGUUGUGGUCAUUACACUUGCCUUUUUUCAACUUUUCACAUUAUUUAUUAUAUUUAUCAGGGUUGGCCCUAGCCUUUUGGGGGCCCUAAGCGGGAUUUGUUUGGGGGGCUCCCCAACUCACUGGGCAAAACAUUUUUGUGGCCCCCCUCAUGAUGGUUGAAAGAAAAGUGAUGGUGGUUGAAAAGUUAAUUUCCUGCAAUUCUACACAUUUUGCCAUCAGAAGUAGAGAACAUGUUACCAAAUGUUGCCAUUUUAUUUUUUUAAAUGAUGUAAUUCUAAUCAUUUUGAGAGAACAAAAUAGCAGUUUCACAGCACAUUUCCUGAAUAUCUACCCAUUUUUCCGUGUUUUAUGCCAUGUUGAUAAUAUCUGAGUGAGUGUGACUAACAAAAUCAAUGUGGGCCCCCUGGAGUUCAGGGCUCCUGGACACCUUCACUGCGUGCCUGGUCAGUAUUCAUCCAUGAUUACUAAGUUAGAUAGCUGGCUAGACAAACUUACCAAUCCAAACAUUUUUGUGACUGUCACUGACGGACAUAACAAGAGAAAAACUGCUGAUGUACAACCCAAUUUUGGGGGUUUUGGAAAAGGCAGCCCUAUGCGACCACUUAUGUUCAUAUGCCUGCAGCCAGCCUUGAUAUUUAUUACAAUCUACUAUGAAUAUACACUUCCCUCUGUAUGUAUUUGGACAGUGUUGCAAAAAUAAAUAUUUGUUUGGUUCUAUACUCCAGCAAAAAAUGUCACCCUCCCCGCACACACACACUUAAAAAGUAGUCAGAAGUUUAGUAUUUGGUCCCAUAUUCCUAGCACGCAAUGACAUCAUCAAGCUUGUGACUACAAACCCGUUGAAUGCAUUUACAGUUGGUUUCAGUUGUGUUUUAGUUUAUGUUUUUGCCCAAUAGGAACUGAAUGGUGAAUGAUGAUGGCAGUAAUUUAAUUCUAUGUGAGAAGAUACAGUAAGAUCAUUCUGAACAUUUCUACAUUUCUAAAUCUGAGGUCUUGGCUGAUUUCUUUUGAUAUUCCCAUGAUGUCAAGCAAAGAGGCACUGAGUUUGAAGGUAGGCCUUGAAAUACAUCCACAGGUACACCUCCAAUUGACUCAAAUGAUGUCAAUUAGCCUGUCAGAAGCUUCUAAAGCCAUGACAUCAUUUUCUGGAAUUUUGCAAGCUGUUUAAAGGCACAGUCAACUUAGUGUAUGUACACUUCUGACCCACUGGAAUUGUGAUACAGUGAAUUAUAAGUGAAAUAAUCUGUCUGUAAAUUUUUUGGGGAAAAAUGAUUUGUGUCAUGCACAAAGUAGAUGUCCUAACCGACUUGCCAAAACUAUAGUUUGUUAACAAGACAUUUGUGGAGUGGUUGAAAAACGAGUUUUAAUGACUCCAACCUAAGUGUAUGUACAUAGGGAAGUGUACAUAGGUUAUGAGGUCUAUUCCUCUACUUAUUCUACACACACUCUAACCCCCGCCCUCUACCCCUCUCUCUCAGGGACUGAUGCACACCUCACUGAAUAAGACAUACGUGCUUGCCAGAGAGACGUGGUGAGGAGAGAUAGAUUCACCACCCAGGAUUUCAAGUCACCUCAGACCUCUCACUGGACCUCCAAUAUGAGAGAAAGA